CUAGCGGGGAGCUUUUCCCUGUUGUAGUAACCAACCGCACACCGGCUGCCAGCCAUUACUUCACUGCAGCAGCAAUCAGCCCUUUCGUACUAAGUGAGCCAGACAUACUAACCUGUCUGUCCCCUCCUCUCUCUCCCUCUCUCUCUCUCCCUCUCUCCCUCUCUCCCUCUCUCUCUCUCUCUCUCUCUCUAUCCCUCUCUCUCUCGCUGAGUAUGCAGCAGAGCUGCCCCUCCUCUCCUCCUCAUCACUCUGCCUCUCCUGCGGCGUUGCUCUUUGCUUGAAGGGGACACUGGCCUGCUCCUCACCCACUGAUUCUGCAUGACUGUCACAAAGAUGUCAUGGCGUCCGACCUACCGAAGCUCCAAGUUUCGAAAUGUCUACGGAAAAGUGGGCAACCGGGAGCACUGCUUCGACGGCUUCCCCAUCACCAAGAACGUGCACGACAACCACUUCUGCGCCGUCAACUCCAAAUUCCUGGCAGUCGUCACCGAGAGUGCCGGCGGGGGCUCGUUCAUUGUCGUACCUGUAUCCCAGUCCGGUCGGCUGGACUCUCACUGCCCAAAGGUGUGUGGUCACCAAGGCAACGUACUGGAUAUCAAGUGGAAUCCCUUCUUUGAAAACAUCAUAGCAUCCUGCUCGGAGGACACCUCGGUGCGAGUGUGGGAGAUCCCAGAGGGCGGGCUGAGACGCAACAUGACGGAGGCGGUGCUGGAGCUGUACGGCCACAGCAGACGGGUGGGUGUGAUCGAGUGGCACCCCACCAGCAGCGGCAUCCUCUUCAGCGCCGGCUACGACUACAAGAUCCUGAUCUGGAACCUGGAGAUCGGCGAGCCGGUGAAAAUGAUCGACUGCCACACGGACGUCAUCCUCAGCAUGUCCUUCAACACCGACGGCAGCCUGCUGGCCACCAGCUGCAAGGACAAGAAGCUGCGCGUCAUCGAGCCUCGCUCCGGGGCCGUCCUCCAGCAAGCCAGUUGUAAGAACCACCGCGUGAACCGAGUGGUGUUCCUGGGCAACAUGAAGCGACUCGUCACCACGGGGGUCUCACGCUGGAACACCCGGCAGAUCGCUCUGUGGGAUCAGGAGGAUUUGUCCAUGCCCAUUGUGGAGGAGGACAUCGACGGCCUCUCAGGACUGUUGUUUCCCUUCUACGAUGCUGACACACACAUGUUGUACCUGGCAGGCAAGGGGGACGGAAAUAUCCGAUACUUCGAGAUCACCACGGAGAAGCCGUACUUCCAAUACCUGACGGAGUUCCGCUCCCCGGCCCCGCAGAAAGGCCUCGGUGUGAUGCCAAAGCACGGGCUGGAUGUGGGCGCCUGUGAGGUGUUCCGCUUCUACAAGCUGGUCACUCUGAAGGGUUUGAUCGAGCCCAUUUCCAUGAUUGUCCCAAGAAGGUCAGAUACGUACCAGGAGGACAUCUACCCCAUGACCGCAGGAACAGAACCUGCGCUGACAGCAAGUGAAUGGCUGAGCGGCAUUAAUCGAGACCCGGUCCUAAUUUCCCUGAAGGAGGGUUACCAGCAACCAAACCAGUUAGCGUUUAAGGCCCCAGUGAAGGAAAAGAAGAGCAUGGUGGUGAACGGGAUCGACCUGCUGGAGAACGUUCCACCCAGGACAGAGAACGAGCUCUUGCGGGUGUUCUUCCGGCAGCAGGACGAGCUGCGGCGCCUGAAGGAGGAGCUGACCACCAAGGACGUGCGGAUACGCCAGCUGGAGCUGGAGCUCAACAACCUGAAGAACGUUAGCCCCAACAACGUCUGACCUCUCGCCCUCCCGCAGUGGCAAAGCUGCUUCCUUUGCCUCCAAUUCUGACCUCCAACGAGCUUCUGAGCCCUCCUAUGCCUCUUUUUUGAUAAAUCAUAACCUCAUUCCUGCUGCCCUGCGUAGUGCACACAAUAAUAUGAUAAGUGUUGGAUGACGUCUUAACCCAGGGGGGAAAUUACUGGAAUAUUGUAUUCAUGGCAAAUAUGAUGAGUGAAGGAGAAAAGGACCAGUUUACGGCUUCAUGAAACGGUGGGAAAGAUUUUAAAUCCAUUUAGGCGAUGUCUAGUUUUACGACUUUUGAUCGAGCGCGUUCUCAAGUGUUACGAUAAUGCAUAUUCUGCCAGACCUCCUGAGAGAUUGUCUCACUGUGCCUACCCCAUCAUUCACGUGGAAACACUUCACAAACACACACCCUUCUCCCGUACGUGACCAAACCAGGCAAAGCUAGAGGAUAAAAAGACGAUCCCGUGUUCCUUCCACAAGGCCUUAGACCGCCAGCCAGCUGCAAACAUCUUUUCAAAAUGGCUGAGAUUCCUUUGCACCCGACAGACGAGACGACUUUUUUUUUUUUGCCGACGUGAAUGAUGUUUUCCACCGAGCUGCUAAUCCCGUAGCUUCUUUUCUUAUUGUUUAUUUAAAUACUGGGAAGGCAGCGGGGGGGGGGGGGGACAAGGGAUCCACUUAUGUAACAGAUCUGGUCUCAAGGGAAGCUUUGUCCGGCUGUUAUUGGCUUUUAGGGCUCAUUUUGUGGAUGGAGGAGCAUAAUGUGUAUCUACUUCUAUUUAUUUGUCACAUUCAACCUUUUUAACCAACAUGUAAAUGUGUUAAUCCCCUGAUUUUUGUAUGAUGUGGCUGCGCAGUUAAGGGUUGUGACGCCCGAUGGAUUUUGCUGAAUGUUUCCGAUUGAAAUGGUGCAAGAUUUGUGUGAAUCUGCACCCUUGACUUAACUUUACAUGAGGUAUAAACGUAUAAUCUUGCCUUUUCCUAACAGUGCAGAAAACUGUUAUAAUAACCAUCCUUUUACAUUUAAAACAAAGUAUGUCACCAUUAGUCACAUGUGUUUAACUAGAUGUGUAAUCUUGACCUAGAGCCUCCAGGUCAGCCGUCUCCCCUCCCGUCCACUUGAACCCCCGACAGACUCUGUCUAAAUCCCUCCAUUAGGUUUUCUUCUUCAUGUGAUCAGCUCUAUUGAAACGUCCAGGCAGUCCGAGAAGAUCCUCCUUAAACAUAACGUGCGUCUUUUAAUCCAGGCCCAUCGUAUUCCACCUGGUUUUAUUCCGAUUCCGCUCUCUGUGGACCAGGAAUAGGAUGAAUACGACAAUAUGCUACAUGAAUACUAAGAAUGGAAUUUGAGAGUAGGCAAAAGGUCGAAGUGGAGACCUAAAAAGGCUCCAGCGCUUAAUAGCUUCCGCCAAGAAAAGCCGCCGCAACAGGCGGAUCAGCUACAGCGGACAGACAGUCGGGGCUUCUCGUGUAGGUGGAGCAGGAAUAAAAGCAACGGUGAAUCUUUGUGAAGGAAGGUCAACGGGACAGAAAGGUUAUUUGAAAUGACUGAAACCCUCUUUGUACAGUUGUCGAUUAAAUGUAGAACUUGGCCUGGACAGUCGUACCAUCAA